AGCUCAAAGUGCUGCGUUUGGAUGCAACAUGCAGUUAAUGAUGCUGUGCAAGAAGGAUUAUAAAUGAUUUCUGAACGAUUCCCUGCAAUAUUCUGAUUGAACAAGCUAGGAUUAUCGUCUACUUUGUGCCAAACAGUGCUAGCCUGGAUAAAUCGCAAUCGUGAACUAAGUGAACAAAAGUGAAAAGGAUGAGUCCUAAUCAAACUCCUCUCCUCCAUCGUGACUUCAGGGUGGCUUAGGCAGUGCAUCCAAUAUCCAGAGGUAUAAAUAAGCAAUGUAAACACAGUUGGAGGAACAUAAAUUGGCUGAGAAGUGUGCUAAAAAAAGGGAAAUGACUGCGAAGCCGGUCCCACCGUCGGGGUUGUUGAUGAUGGUUUUAGUAUUUGCUGGCAUAAAUCUCGAGACUCAAUUUACCGCGAGCAAAACGAAAGUGGCGUGAGUUAUAGUGCAAUAAUAGGGCUGUAGAAGAGCUGACCAAAGAGUAGAAUAGUGGGGGAUCAAAAAAUUUCCAUCAAACGGCCUUGAAUCGGUGGCAAUUAUAGAGCGGGAGGCUGGAAUUGGCAACGCAUCAGAAAAUCCUAAAGAAAGAAACAGUGACAUUAGUAGAUGAGCUUUUUCAUGAAAGAAAAAUCGUGUAGUUGUGCGGUAAAAAGUGGCUAACAGAGCAGCAGUGCAACGAUGGCCGUUCAUAUUAUGGACGAGGAUCAUUUCGCAAUCAGCGCAAUCGUGACGGUGGCAAUGCAGAUUAUAUUCUUCCUGAUCGCUGCCAUCUUCCAGCUGGAUAAGCUUACGGAUUUUGCGGGUGGAGUUAACUUUAUCAUCAUUGCCUUGUUGACCUUUUUCUUGGGUCAAAUCGAUAGAACAUUGAAGCCUUACGAUAGUCGACAGCUGAUGGUGACGGUGUUUGUUUGUUUAUGGGGUGCGAGAUUGUCGGGAUAUCUGCUCUAUCGAAUUGUGAAAAUCGGACGCGACAAACAGUUCGAGGACAAUCGGAGGAAUGUCAUACGAUUUGCAGUGUUCUGGACGUUUCAGGCCGUUUGGGUGUUUGUCGUUUCGCUGCCAGUGAUCAUCAUCAAUUCGCCUCGACACUCAAUUCCCCGGGCACCAAAAACUAUGACCACACUGGACUCUGCUGGAACAGGAAUGUUCAUUACGGGUCUGUUAGCGGAAACGUACGCUGACCUACAGAAGUUUUCCUUCCGACAGGAUCCGAUAAAUCAGGGAAAAUUUUGCAAUGAUGGACUGUGGCGAAUGUCAAGGCAUCCCAACUAUUUCGGCGAGAUUGUUAUUUGGUGGGGAAUCUUCGUUAUCUCACUGAACGUAAUCGAUGGCAUCGAGUGGGUGGCAAUUAUGUCGCCAAUAUUCACAACCCUCAUCAUCCUGUUCCUGUCGGGGAUCCCGGUGCGAGAACGGUCCGCGGACGAAAAGUACCGAGAUGAUUUAGAGUAUCGAAAGUACAAAGCGUGUACCUCUCCGCUGAUUCCAAUCCCACCGGCUAUCUAUUCGGAGGUUCCACGGGCUCUGAAGUUCAUCUUGUGCUGUGAGUUUCCACUGUACGACUCUCUGGAUAAACGGCGUAUGGAGGAAGGCCCAUUCGCCAUGACUACCUCCAUAUCAGUGGCUCACUCCCAUUCGACUCACACAUAGCAAUCGGGAAGCGGACAACAGCACCCUAAUUAUCCUAUGUCGUCGUCGUCAUCCUACCAUUACCACCAUCACCAGCAGCAGCAGCAUGGUCAUCAUGGCCAACAAGGUACAGGCUGCUCCUCGAAAGAGCGAAACUCUAUUGGCCAGACGGCUAGUUAUUCGUCCAGCCAUCGAAGCGGUAGCGAACGGCGAGGUGAAAAGUCCCUUCACGGUAGCCAUGACUUUGAGGACAUCGUUCCGGAACGGAUUACCUGCAUUACUAGUGGUGAUGGCAACUACAUCACCAGCUCGGCACAGAUUACUACAAUUUUGUGAUCUCGUUCACUGUUCAAUGUUAACUACUGCUAUACAAAGAAGGUAUACAUAUAGUCAAAGAUGCGUUAUAUGAAAUUGUGUUUAGAGGUUUAUUGAUUAAAGGUUGCUGCAUUGCUUUAAAUUUAAGGACAGUGUGAGAAAAAUGCCAAUUUUGAAUUGCCAAAAAUGCCAGCUCUUGAUUCCAUACUACUGCAUGAAAUCUUGAAAAAAGUUAACAUCUAAAAGGAUUGGACUUGAAUAUUGUUACAACAUUGACCUACAUUUAUGCUCUCUGAGUUUAAUACAGCGUUAACCUCUUCCAAAUUUAACCUUCAAGAAUUUCAAAUAAUAUUCAAUCCUACAACUUGAUUAGGCUCAAUAAACUUGUUAUUUCCAUUUAUAACCGCCUAUUAUAGAUAUUUGAGAUAGAUUCCGCAGUUUCACGAAUAUUACUCAAUACACAACAUAUUGUUCAAAUCAUAUUGUUA